AUGUGGUUGUUGGGGUUGUUUAUUUGUGCCUCGGACUAUUUUAUCAGGUUAUUAUCUCUUCAUUUCAACAUCAAGAACUACUUCAUGUUUGCUAUAUAUUUACCAUGUAUUGUGGUGAUGACAAGACGUCAUCUGUUGAAGAAUUCUUCUUUUAAAAUUAUGCUUUUCCUUGGUAUCAUCGAUAUCAUUUGCCUCACUGCUUGCGCUGAUAUUCCGGGCUUAUUGUCCAUUACGGGAACCGCUUACUGUGAUGCGCCAUUGUUCUUCUAUGUGCUUGGAAGUGUUGCAAUGGCUAAUCCGUUAGUCUUUCACAACGUUGUUGUGAUGUUGUCCGUGGUUACAAUGUAUAGUUCCAUAAGCUUUCGACUGCUUUAUUGCCGAAGACGGAGACAAGUGCCCUCAUGUCAAAAACGUGUAAUCUUUUUUUUCUGUCCUUAA